AUGUGUGAAGUACAAUUUUCAAAAAUUAGACACCAAAAAUGUAUUGAUGUUUAGUGUUAGUUUCAAAAUCACGAGUUUAAAUUUUAUUUUUAAUUAAUGGGGACUUCUGCGAGCAAGAAAAUUACAGAAACUGGGCUAAAGCAUUGCACGUUAUGGAAAGCUGAUAGAAGUCCUGCGUGCCGGGCGGUGAUGAUGGCGCUCGACUCCAUGAACCUGAGCAUCACGGAGGUGGAUAUCAACAUUGAUAAGGGAGAACACAGAACGCCUGAAAUGCUCGUUCUAAAUCCAUUACAAACAUUGCCAGUUUUUAAAGACAGGGAGCUUGUGCUAUGCGACAGCCAUGCAAUUUGCUCGUACCUUGCGGGGCGGUAUUGCGACGCGGGCCGGCUCUUGCCCAAAGACCCGGGAGGCCGAUCCAUAGUAGAUCAACACAUGCACUACAACAGCGGGACCCUCUACCCGCGGUUCCGAGCAGCUGCCUAUCCUAUUCUUUAUGAGAACUGUCAUUUUGUAAUGCCGCAACAAAUAGCGGACAUUGAGUGCGCGUACGCAGACCUAGAAUGCAUGUUGCUGGGCCGCUGCUGGUUCGGAGGCAGCUGGGCGACACUUAGUGACAUUGUCUUUGCUUCCACCGUCAGCACACUUAAUAUACUCGUGCCAAUUGACAAAACCAAGUACCCGCGUCUUUCAAGCUGGCUUUUCCGCGUUUCGGAAGAACUGUUUUUCGUAACUGCCAACAGAAAAGGACUCAGCGAGUUUUCGAGAAGAAUAGAUUGCGGCUGUGUUAGUGAUGAGACAGAGUUCAAGUGUCCGAGGAGUUCUUUGGGACGUCGGAAGUUAGCGGGAAUCUUGCAGGCGAAAAUAUUGUUAGCUAAGGACACCUCGAGGGACGUUCGACGAACUCUGGGUGUACAUUAAUGAACACAAGUCUGCAACCUAACCUGAAGAUAUCGAUGACCUUUAGUUUGCCAUCUCCAGCCAAAAUCGCAGCCGUUGUAAAUCAGCAUACAUUUGAUAGUUUUUAUGUACAUGUAAACUUUUGGUAUCAGUCAUAUGAUGUUCGUUUUUUGUCUGAAUAAAUGUUUCCUUGAUUUUGUAACAGGA